AAAGUAGCCUCGCCUGGAGAAAUCAAAUUGUUCAAUGGAUCAAAUAAAAGGCAGAGUAUGUGUCACCGGAGCUUCUGGUUAUCUAGCUUCUUGGCUUGUCAAGAGACUUCUCUUGUCAGGAUAUCACGUCACUGGAACAGUUAGAGAUCCAGAAAAUGAGAAGAAAGUAGCGCAUCUUUGGAGACUGGAAGGAGCGAAGGAGAGACUCCGAUUGGUGAAGGCUGAUCUAAUGGAAGAGGGUAGCUUCGAUGAUGCAAUCAUGGAAUGCCGUGGUGUCUUCCACACUGCUUCCCCUGUUCUCAAACCAUCAUCUGAUCCAAAGGCAGAAAUUUUGGAACCGGCUGUCGAGGGCACGUUGAAUGUGCUCCGUUCCUGCAAGAGGAACCAGUCUCUAAAACGUGUGAUUCUCACCUCAUCCUCUUCAACCUUGCGAGUAAGAGAUGAUUUCGACUCCAACAUACCUCUCGACGAGUCAUCUUGGAGCUCUGUGGAACUGUGUGAGAGACUGCAGAUAUGGUAUGCUCUGUCAAAAACUCUUGCUGAGAAGGCAGCGUGGGAAUUCUGCAAUGGCAAUGGCAUUGAUUUGAUUACUGUUCUACCAUCGUUCGUGAUUGGACCUAGUUUGUCCCCUGAUUUAUGUUCCACUGCAACUGAUGUUCUUGGCUUACUUACAGGAGAAUCGGAGAAAUUUCAUUGGCAUGGAAGAAUGGGCUAUGUCCACAUUGAUGACGUGGCACUGAGCCACAUCCUCGUUUACGAGGAUGAAACUGCGGGGGGGCGAUACCUUUGUAGCUCGAUCGUGCUGGACAACGAUGAAUUAGCGUCCUUUCUAUCACAACGUUAUCCUUCACUGCCUAUCCCAAAGAGGUUUGAGCAACUAAAGAGACCGUACUACGAAUUCGACACCUCAAGGUUGGAGAGAUUAGGGUUCAAGUUCAAGCCAAUCCAAGAAAUGUUCGAUGAUUGCAUUGCUUCGCUCGUGGAACAGGGCCAUCUCUCUUCGUUCAGCCUGGCUAUAAAUUAAUUAUUAAUUAAGACGUGCUCAUGAGUUCGACCACAGAGAACUGCUGGCCAGCUAAAAUAAUAUGUACUGAACUUGCAUUUUAAUUAUGCUAAAUAAUAAUUAAGAAGAGCAGUUGAAAUAA